AUGGUUGAUGCUACUCAUCCUUCAAUUUUUGUUGUUGCUACAGAACCACGAGUUUUUGUAGGUCAUAUUGUUGACCUUAAUGAUUUUUAUCUUUAUUCACAUUGGUCGUACAAUAAACUUUUGAACCUUGGUCCUGAAUUUACUAAAGAAAUUUCGAAAGAAUUAACAACACCUGCUGCAUUAAAUGAAACAUUUCGUGUAGGUGAUUAUUGUGCAUGUACAAUAAAUGAUAAAGGUUGGGAUCGUGGUGUUAUUCGUCAAUUAGAUUCAAAUGGUUUUGCAUCAAUCUAUCGAAUAGAUUAUGGUGAUGUACAACGUAUUAAUGUACAAUUUCUUCGGCCAUUACAGGAUUGGAUGUUUCAAACAUUCCGUCUCGCUCAUCGUUGUACAUUAUCAAAUAUAAUUAAACCGACAAAUGGUUGGCCAUUAAAUGUUAUUGAUGAAUUUCGUGCACAAUUAAAUAAAGGAAUUUUUUAUGCGCGAUUUGUGAAUUACAAUGAUAUACGAGAAAUAUCAGAUGUUGUAAUACGUGUAAAAGGAUCAACAACAACAGUAAAUAAAAAUUUUGAACAAUAUCAAAUGGAGCGAUCAGCAGUACAAAUAAAUGAUCAACAUGUUUAUCAAGAAAUUUCCAUGGAAAUAUUAGAUUCUACUCAAGCAAAUGAAAUUUGUAUGCUUUAUUAUAUAAGUCCAACUCGUUUUUAUGUUUAUCUUAAAGAAAAAUUUAAUUCUCAUACAAGUUUUCAAAUUGAUUUACAAAAAUUUGUACAAAAUUUUCAUAUGUUAUCAUCACCGUUGAAAUAUGAAGCAAUUGCUGUAGAAGAUAGUCGUGCUUUAUGGCAUCGUGCUAUUAUAUUAGAUGUUGCGGAUGAUUUAUCAAACUUGUGUGUUUAUUUUUGUGAUAUUGGUCACAUAGAAAGUAUUUCAAUAAAUAAUACUCGUGAAUUACCAAGAGAAUUUCGAAGUAAACCAGCAUUUGCGAUUCCAUGUUGUUUAUAUCAUGUAUGUCCAAUGAAUGGCAAUGAACAAUCAACAUGGAAAUUAAAUGAUGAAGUCCAUGAUGAAUUUAUAAAACUUAUGGUUAAUACAGUUAAUUGUGAAAUACGUUCAAUACAUGAUCAAAUAUGUUAUAAUGUGGACAUUAAUAUUCCUAAAGGAGGAGAUCUUGCCACACAUCUUAUUAAUAAGAAUCUGGUUUCUUAUGCAACAAAAACUUAUUCUCAACGUUCAAAUUUUGGUUCAAAUCAACCAGUACAACAAUCAUUUGUAGAACCACAAUUUCCUUCAUCUGGAAUACCUCCUUCAAAACAACAACAACAUGAAUUUUAUAAAACUCCAAAUACUACGGUACAACUAUCACAAGCUGGUACAUUCAAUACGAGAUUUCAAAACACUACUGCUCAACAAUCUCCAAGUACAUUAUCAUCUGUUGGCUCAUCAUUGACUAUUGGUACUGUACCACCUGAUGAUGGUGAUUAUAUAAUUACUCAAAUCCGUAGUACAACAGAAUUUUAUGGUCGUCCUCAGAAUCGCCAACAUGAAUUUGAAGUUUUAUCUCAAGAACUUGAACAAUAUUACAAUAAUAUUGUUAAUGAUCAAUCAUUAACUUUACCUCUUAUUGUCGAAGGUACGCCAUGUGUUAUCGAACAAUAUGGAAAAUAUUAUCGUGUUAUAAUAAAACAUCGUGAAAAUGGAUCAAAAGUAUUAGUUAAUUUAAUUGAUUGUGGUGAUGAAAUUGUUGUUCAUACAUCUGAAUUAUUACAAAUUAAUAAAAGAUUUUGUACUAUGCCAGCAUUUGUUCAAACAUUUUCUUUAUAUGAUUUUGAUGAAUCAAAAAAUUCAGUAACCAUUACACGUCAUUUAAAAAGACUAAUGCGCAAUCAAGUGGUACAUAUUGUACAACAUGGACUAUUGUUAAAUGGUCAUUUUGCUGUUAAUGUUGUAUUACGUGAUAAUAGAUCCAUCAACAAAAUGCUUUUAUCAAAUUAG